UCCACCAGUUAUAUUAAAACUUGGUGAAAUGGCUUCAGAAAUUGGUUACUACAACUUCGAAUGGCGAUUCGUUACACUUGUUAUGUUCAAUAUACAAACAUUGAUUGCAGUCGAUGUGUUCCUGAGCAAGUACAAUCAGUCGGUUAUUCUGAAGCGAGGCAAAUAUUUACCGUCUCGACGAACACAUAUAUCACAAUACGUUUUGUUCGGAACACAGUCUUCUGAAAUAUCAGAUAUGUUGAAAUGGCUCAGAGAAUCGAUGUACGAUACAUCUGGAAAAUUUAUUGUUGUUUGUGCCACUACUGAUUACGAACAAUGUGCGGAGAAAGAAAUUUUCCUAACAUUAUCCAAUGAGCGUAUUCCUAAUGUUGUUGUUCUAAAAGCUCAGAAUGAGGAUAGUCCACAACUCUUUUCCUAUCGAUUCUUAGAACCCGAAAAAUGCGUUAACGACAUUCCUUACGAAAUAAAAUUUAACAAUAGCGAAAACGGAAUGAAUUGGAAAUCGAUGUUUCGAGAGCAACUAACAAAUUUUCACCAGUGUCCAUUAAUUGUAUCGACAUUUGAUCAGCCUCCUUUUAUGAUUCUUAAAAAUUCCACUGAAAAUCCGAGCGGAAUUGAUGGCGAUGUAUUGACACUUUUAUCUGAUAUAUUAAACGCUAGUUUAACAAUAAAAUUACCAGCUGGGGGAGAAGUAUGGGGUGCAUAUGAAGAUAACAAUUGGACCGGUUCGCUGGGAGACAUUUAUAAUUUCGAAGCCCACGCUUCAAUGUGUUCUAUUCCACUCACUUCUGAUUUAUAUGGAAAUUUUCAGAUUUCUUUCACAUACAAUACCAUGGAUAUUGUGUGGACAGCUAAAUUGCCUUUAUUAAAACCGGCUUGGGAAAAACUUUUACAUCCCCUCAAAUUUUACCCGAGACUUAUAUUGAUAUUGAUGUUUUUAAUUAUUAUUUUAUUAAACUCAUUAACUAAGACACGAUUCUGGAAGCAUAUUACGGAAGUAAUUAAUGCUUCUCCGUCUAAUGUUAAUUUACUAUUUUAUUCAUGGGUUCUUUUUUUAGGGCUGCCAAUUUUGAGGAUGCCAUCGAAAAGAAAUUUUGUUGCAUUCGUUUACAUAUGGAUUUGGUUUAGUUUUAUAAUUCGAUCCUGCUACCAAGCCGCUCUAAAGGAUUCAUUGAAACAUAAAUUGUAUGAAAAGAAAUUUACAACCAUACAAGAAGUUUUGCGUGACAAAUAUCCCUUCGGUGGUCUUGAAUCUUUAAGAAAAUAUUAUUCAGAAGACGAUGAUAUUUUCAGAAAUUGGAUGUCUUUAAACUUCUCUAAUACUUACGAGAUCUUAGAUGAACUAUCCAGUGGAACCUCAAACUUUGUGUUGGCGUUCAAUAAGGAGGUUAUUAUGGAAUACUUAAAACAAUAUAAUGGUUCACGAAGACUGCAAAUCAUUCCCGAAAAGAUCGUGAACAGUCCUUCUGUAAUUUAUUUUACUAAGUAUUCUGCGCUAACUGGACCGAUUAAUAGGAUUUUAAAGAUACUCGUGGAAUGCGGUUUUAUACAGAGAGUGUACACGCAAGGCACAUACCUACAAAGUAAAUUAUAUGACCAGACAAAGCAGCAGUAUGAACCUAUGAAUGUUAAAUAUUUUGCCGGCACUAUAGGUUUGUUAAUUUUAGGUUGGAUCAUAUCUAUCAUCUUCUUCAUCGUUGAAGCUUACUGUGGAAGACUUAACGGGAAAUGA